UUAUUUCUAAAGAUUCGCAAGAUGGCGCUGCGAACCUGAAUACUCAUGAGAACUGUCAAUUCGUAUAUCUACGAGUCCAAAUUACAAAUGUCAAAUGAGUAAAAAUAACGUGAACAGUGAAUGUAAUUAUUGUAACUGUGUUUCACGUAAAUGAACUUUGGAAUAGUUACUUUGAUGUGAAUCUUCUGUAACUGUUCUUAUAUCGAAGAAAAAUGUCAGAUGAAGAGGAUACAGCGAUAUUACUAAACAGUGCAAACAGAACUAUCGAAACGUCUAUAAGCAAAGUUCCAAACGAAGAUUAUCAAUGUCUACCUCCUAAAAAUCUGAGAAAACCAAUCCCUAAGCAAAAUGAUAACUUAACGCCGUUAACGUCUGGUAAUCAAAAUGUUUUUGUUUCCACGGUUGCAAUUCUGGCGGGUAUUGCUUUCGGAUGCGACAUGGGAGUAGCAAAACCAAUAGCCCCUUUAAUCAAGCAUGAAUUCAACUUAAAUUGCUUCGAAAGAGAUUUUGUUAUUAGUAUUUGGUUCAUUGGGGCGCUUCUUGGCGGUGUAACUGGUGGUUUUCUAAUUGACUCGUUCGGUCGGCGCUGGACGAUGAUAUUAACACUAGUUUUUCUAACUUUUGGUGCCACGUUGUCAGCACUGGCAAAUCAUUAUAUUUUAUUACUCGUUGCGCGAGUAAUUUGCGGCUAUUCGGGAACAAUUUCGGCAGUGGCGCACUGCGUAUAUAUGGCAGAAGUAUCCGACCCGAAUAAACGCGGAUACAAUAUAAUGUUGUAUCAGUUGGGCACAGCCACCGGAUUUUUAGUAUCCGUUAUAGCCGCUGCCGUAAAAAACAUAGACUACCAGUGGCGAUUUUCGAUUGGCAUUACAGCCGUUCCCGCCUUAGCCGCUUGUAUCAUUACUAUUAUAUUUCUUCAACGAUCCCCGCCAUUUUUGCUUUACAAGAGAAUGGCGAAUGUCUCGAAGACACCGUCCAAAAGUGCUUGGUAUUCGGUUUUCGAGACUCUGACGAUCAUGGUUUUUUUAUUGAUAUUGCAACAAGGUACUGGUAAACGACAAGUCUUGUAUUAUGCGCCGAGAUUGUUUGCAUUGUUGGGUAUUUGUUCAAAUGUUGCUGAAAUCACAGCUUUGAUAUCCCUGGGCGUCGUUAAAGUUUUCAGUACCAUGCUGUCCCUGAUCAUAGUAGAGAGGUGUGGACGUCGGACAGCGUUAAUUACAUCAGCAACUAUUUGCAUGACAACAAUAUCAUUGUUGUCGUUGCUAGCUACUAUAGACAGGGGCGACGACAGCUUGGAUAUUGUAAAUACACAUUGUAAGAAUCAUCACAACGAGGAGGUUAAAAUUCAAAACACUAUGCCAGCUGGAUCUCCACCGCCAUUUCCAUUGCUUCCGACUCCGUUGGCCAUAAUUGCCCCCAGUCCUGAAACAUGGACUCAAAUUAAAGCGUCUUGCGAAAUGCAAAAUAUCAUUGUUUCCGAAGGUCUUACCGGUGGGUUACGUAUUUUGGCAGUAGUAACAUUGCUCGUGUACGAGGCAGCAUACGCCCUAGGACUUGGUCCUGUACCGCUGUUAAAUCUUACGGAAGUUUUCCCCGCAGCGAUACGAGGAAAAUGCAUCAGUUUUAUUUCAAUUGUAAUAUGGGUGACCCACAUCAUCGCUACAGAAUCGGUCAGCGCUAUGGCCAAAUCGUUAACACUAGCUGGAUCGUAUUUGUUCUAUAGCUUUAUGUGUCUUGUCACCAUAUUUUACGUUUUCUUAUUCAUACCCGAGACGAAAGGCAAAUCUCUGCAUCAAAUAGCUCAAGAGAUACGCAAAAUUUCGCUCGUGACACGGAUAUGUAACAAUUUGCGUAGUUUACCACUAAUUUGUCAUAUCAAAUGGAUAAAAAAAUAUGACGAAAAUGUAAGUAACGGGCAAAGUACUUUGAUAUAAGGUUUUCUAUACCUAAGUGAUUAACUAUUAAUUUUAGCAAAAACUUAACAAAGUUCGUAACUUAUUUGUGCAAUACUGUGUUCAAAAGGCAUCGCGCGUUAAUAACGCGCGCUUGCGUGCAUAUUCGAACAAAACUUCUCCGACUGCCGAUCGUUGUAUUACAUAUCACACGGACGUAACAAAAAAAAAAAAAAAUGUUGAACAUGCAAUCCCAUUUCAAUACAAAAGACUGACUAGUUUCUUAAUUUAGUUCUUUUCGGCAUUUUCUGCCCUUCUCGCAUUAACAUAUGCAUAAUUAUCCAGACUAUCGAUUGUUUAGUUUUAAUUUAUUUCUUCGAGUGUCACAUUGCACGAUGCAAUCAUUUCCAUGAAAAAUGUAAUUAAGAACGCGUGAUUAGGAACGAAACGUAAGUAUUAAGUAAAUGAUAACGAACUAUACAUUUUAUAGUAUAGUCGAACAAUGCACUGAUAAAAGUUACGUUGACAAAUACAUACAUUAGACAUUUAGAUAGACACGUGUAUGUUGUACGUCACAUCGUAAUAAAAAUAGAACUAUUUUUAAUUAUUAUAAUUGCGCUAUUUCUAGGGAAUUUUUAAAAUAUUAACAUUUACUGAAUUCGUUUUAAUACUCGUAGUUUCUCUAUGUAUAGUAACGACAUGCGAUGUUU